GACAGAGUAGUAAAGAAGAUAUAUUUUUUAAGGAAAAAAAAUUGCUAUUUUCCUUGCAUAAUCUCAAGAGAUGGCACUUCUAGAUUUUCACCACCCUUGGCUCUUAGUGUUUGGAAUCCUAGGAAACAUUAUAUCAAUCACUGUAUUUCUCGUACCAACGUCAACAUUUAUUCGAAUCUACAAAGAGAAGUCAACAAUGGGUUUUCAUUCAUUGCCAUAUGUUAUAGCAUUGUUAUCUUCCUUGCUUUGGAUGUACUAUGCUUUCCUAGUGAAGAAUGCCAAUCUUCUCUUCACCAUCAACUCAGUGGGAAUUGUUACUGAGACUAUCUAUAUCACCAUUUUUCUUAUCUACGCAUCAAAGAAAGCGAGGGUUCAAGUUAUCCGAACUAAGAGUGUAGAGUUUUUGCCAUUUUACUUAUCUUUCUUUCUUGCAUUGAAUGCAAUUAUGUGGGGCGGCUAUGGUACAAUCUUGAAGGACUUGCGUAUCGCGUUGCCAAAUGUCUUGGGAUUUUUGUUGGCACUAGUACAAAUUUUGCUAUAUGUAAUUUAUCGGAAGGCAAAACCAGUUGUAGAGGAAAACAAAAAAGUGUCGGAGCAUGUUGUUGUGGACAUGAAGCUACAAGAGACAUCUAAUCAAGGGAAAUAAAAUAUGGACGAAAAGUAUGCCAACUCCAUUGCCGACAUUCUAAGAUUAGACGGAUGACUAAAAGCGACAAGCAACAACUAGCGCAUAUGAGCUGAAUCAAAGU